AAGGACGGAACAAGGAUGAACAGAUCUCCGACUCGGCUACAGCCAGUGCGGGCAACAGGUUAAACCUCCCACCAUGGACCACAACACAACACAGCACAGCCCAGCGCUGCAGGUUGGCACCUAGGUAGUUUCAGUGUCCGAUAGAAUAUGGCAUCGGCCUAUAAACAUACUGCUACAUCAGAAGCCAGAUGAGACCUGUCCUUCUGCAAAGCCCCCCUUCCGAUAUGAGAUCACCCCUGCUGGUAUCCCUGCGCAGCCAACACAAUGGACGGUGGUGACCCAGGGACUCCCAGCGAUGCCCAUUACCUCCCGCAAUCUCCUUCGCAGCAGACACCUCGCAAGCUCCCAGACGAUCUGCCGACGUCCCUAGAUGACCGCCGCUCCUUUCCCAGCUAUGGCGAGGAAACCGAGAUAUAUGAUGGUUGGCAAGGUUCAUCCCAGUAUAUCACGGCACCCACUCCCGCCAGAACCUUGACAUUCGACCUCCAUCUAGACACUCCAGCCUAUGACGAUGAGGAAACCUUUGCCCGCAUCCAGGACAGCGACUCGCGCCUGAUGGAAAUGGUGGCUGCUCAGGCACAUCACAGGGAAGAUGGGAGUCCUGGGCAGGAUGAAGAUGCCAUCGCUACGGAUGACAGCCUCUCGGACAGCGAGAAGAAGGAGAUUCUCCAGAAGAGCCUUAACAUGGCAGCCAGUAAUGGGGACGUCGCCCGGAUUCAGAAGCUGGUCGGAGGUCGGGCCAAACAAUACGUCGAUGUCAACCAGCCGGAUGAAGAGGGCACAGUACCACUAAUAUAUGCUAGCUGUUUUGGACAUCACGAGGUUGUGGCCGCGCUUCUGAACGCUGGGGCUAUGGUAGACAAGCAGGACCGAAAUCAGUGGAGCGCCUUGAUGUGGGCAAUGACAAAUCGACACAAGCAAAUUGCAAAAAUGCUGCUCGAUCAUGGAGCGGAUCCCGAUAUCAGAUCUUCGUCUGGGGGCACUGCGCUUGACUUUGUCCAGCCCGGCUCCGACUUCUCUCAUUAUCUUCAUGAAAAUGGAUAUCAUUUUGGGACGUCGAGCCUGGGAGACGACUUUUACAACUCGGGCUUCUCCCAGGAUCGGUUCGAGGAAGAGAUGGCAGAGAACGAAAUGAAACGAAGGAUGUUGAUGCAAGAGAGUGCGGCUAACCUGGAGGUCGAUUUGUCCACCUUGGGAUUCGAUGAACAACCAGAAUCACCCACUGAUCUCGAGGUCGACGAGGAAGAGUUCAUCUGGGACCGUUGCAUUGGCGACCAGAUGUUUGUCUUUCAAGCUGAUAAGCUGGAUGCCAUCUUUGACCUCAUCAUAACUAAUAUGACACCGCAACGAUCGCCUUCGCAAAAGCCCAUACCAGCGAACCUGAUCUUUCUCAUGGCGCGAUAUGCCCAUUAUCACAUGACGGCCUCUCUUCUGGACGAGGUCCUUACCAGAGCUAUGGAUCUCAUUAACGAUGUCAUCGAACGCUACCAGUGGGACAUGACCAUGUUGGCUUUCUGGAUAUCCAACGCGACCCUGCUCCUGCAUUACCUGAAGAAGGAUGCGGGCCUUGUGCAGGCUACAUCCAAGUAUCAGCUCGAGCUUGCCGAGCUGAUUAACGAGACCUUCAUCCUCAUUAUCCGAGAUGCGGAAAGGAGAAUGAACAAGGUUUUGGAUGUUGCAAUGUUGGACCACGAAACAAUACCCGGCCUGGACGACAUUGCAUUCCAAGGAGAAUGGAAAGUCUUCAAGUCCAAGCCUAAAACGAAGGACGAGCCGCCAGAAAAGAGGUUUCGUCCUCCCUCACCCAAGCGGCGAGCCCAAACGUCGCCGCGCAACAUUACCUCCCUCCUCUCUUCGACCCUAUUUGUGCUCGACCUAUACGAUGUGCAUUCGGUCAUCACGUCACAGAUCCUGUCUCAGCUGCUGUAUUGGAUUGGUGCCGAGUUGUUCAACCGGGUCAUGACCACCAAGAAAUACCUUUCGAGGACCAAGGCGAUGCAAAUUCGCAUGAAUGUGUCUGCAAUUGAAGAUUGGGCACGGACAAACAAUCGACAACCGGAACAUUAUGAGCACGGCUCCACAAUUUCAACCGGAGAGACCACAGUCGAUGCCGCGCGACGGCAUCUGGCACCCAUCAUCCAGCUACUGCAGUGGCUGCAGUGUUUCAGUUCGCUGGGCGAGGACCAUGAAUCUCUAGUUGGCACGUUAGUCCAGCUCCAGCGCCUCACUCCGACACAGUUGAUUCACGCAGUCAAGAAUUAUCGAGCCGAAGUCGGCGAAAAAAGCCUACCCAAAGCACACAUGAAAUUCUUGACUCAAUUGCAGAGAGGCGAGCAGUCAUUGAUCAAGAGGCCGCUGACACCAAUGGUCGAUGCACCGGAGUCGGGGACCACGACACCCGCAAAGCGGAAUGGAACGCCAGCGCCAGUAAACAAAGAGCCGAGCACACCUCAGAAGAACACCUCGGUGCCUCCAAUAUCUUCGCCAGUCGAGCCAGACACAGAUCCACCGAUGAAUCGAAAUGCGUUGACAUUGGAUCAGUCUCUGAUGCUGCCGUUCUCGCUUCCCACCUCGACAGACAUGCUCAUCAGUUAUGGGGCCGGCAUUGGCGGGACAAACAGGGAGCAAGCGAGGAAAUAUAUCCCCACUGUCCCGGCAGAAGUUCUCAGCAAGUUGAACCUGGACGGGGACGGUCUGAGGCGGGAAGGGAGCAUCGGGACCAUUGGAACCACGGCUCAGGGCUGGCGAAGCAGUGCAUUUUGAGAGAGGUUUUGCAGGUCUUGGGCAUGUUCAGGAACGGCUUCAUGUAACGUGCCCAGCGUGGCGUUAAUGCAGAGAUUCGCGACUAUAGUUGGUGACAUGAAAGACGAAUCCUGCCCAGAUUUCACGUACUGUACACCCAAAAGUUGUCCAUAAUGGAUGCAUGGCAUCAGCCCCAGGCAUGACUGGAGGGAAAUACGAGAAUGGGUGGUUGGUGGCGCAAUCAACCACAUGAUUGCUGGUGCCAUACGGGGCUGGAG